GGGAGUUUUGGGUGCUGGGGUGGCUCCUGUGCCAGUGCUCCAGGGCCCUGGGGGGUUUUAGCUGAUUUCUUGGUGCCUCUUUAAGGUGUUUGUGAAGUUUAUCUCAAGUUUUUACUGUCUCUGCUGUGAAAAGCACCUCCUGUGCUCCAACUGAAGAUGAAAGAUGAAAUUGCUGCCACGGUUUUCUUCAUCACAAAGCUGGUGAAGAGGGAGGACAGGCUGAGCAAGCACAAAAUGGAGAAGUUUGCAGCCAAGCUGACCACGCUGCUGUUUGAAAAGUACAAAAACCACUGGUACCUGGACAACCCCUCCCGAGGCCAGGCCUUCAGGUGCAUCAGGAUCAACAAGCACCAGGCUCGGGAUCCCCUGCUGGAGCGGGCUUGUGUGGAGAGCGACGUGGACUUCAACCUGCUGGGGCUGCCCAAGGAGAUGACGCUGUGGGUGGAUCCCUUCCAGGUGUGCUGCAGGUACGGCGAGAGGAGCCGGCCCUUCACCGUGGCACACUUCGACGGCGAGGAGAACCCCGAGCUGCCCCAGCAGAUCAGCCUGGCCGUGGGCAGGGCAGCCCUGGACUAUCACUCCAGCACCUCCUCGGAUGAGGAGAGCUUCAGCAAGGAGCCCAGAGCCAUCCCCACCGUCAGCAACCCCAACAGCAUCUACCAGUUUGGUGACUUCUGCAAGGCUCCCCCCCAGCCCUGGUGGCAGUACCUGCACAGGAAGCCGCCCGUGGCCGAGGGCUCCCACUUUGGCCAGCACAGGGGCUACAGGACCUACAGACCCACGGCCACCUUCGCUGGCCCACGCGUGGACAGGUACCACUGGAUCAACACCAAGAGGUAGAGCCGGGGCUCCUCGGGGGCUGUGGAGCCCUGAUUUUGUGAGGGGGUGAAGGCUGCCACUGCAAAACCUCAUAAAAACAGCACUUCCUGCCAAUCCCUGUCUCUGACUCUGUAUUUAUGGAGAUUUGGGGGGGAUUUUUUUUUUUUCUUCUUCCGGGAUUUUAAGUGUUUUUAAUUGAUGUUAACAUAAGAUUGAAGAUGUAAUGUGAGACUCUGCUUGUGAGUUAAAAAGGAAAUGCAUAAAUCAAUAAAUCUGCUGAUGUUUUUUAUCAAAGCCAGCUGCUGGUGGUGCCUUGAAGGGUGUUCAGGAGCUUUUUGGUGCAAACACCAGCAGGUGAAGGAAGAUAAAACCACCCCCAAGCUGCUUUGAAAAACACUUUUCUUCCUUCUGGCAAAGGUGUCAGGAGCCAAGACCUGAAUGUCACCAGCAGAAACGUCUGGGGUAUUUAGAGACUCACAAAAUAUUUAAAUUCUGCUGUUCCCCCAUCAGUUUUGUAUUGAUGGGGGGGAAAAAAAAAUGUUUUGAGUGAUUUUGCUCUUCCCUCACUUGCUUUUUAUCAACACUGGAGGCUGGGCUGAUGUUUCACUGAUUGGGAAACAUUGAGUGGUUCAUGUUUUGGGGUCUGGCUCUGGAAUUUGGGAGGAGGAGAGACUGACCCCCCAGGUUUAGGAGCAGGAAUGGUCCUGGACAGUGCAUUCCUGGCUGGGUGG